UCUCUAUCCACUCUAAGUGACUUGAUUUCUGUUCCUUUCGCGUAUGAACACUACCUUUUUCGCUUGGUUUCUCUCCCUCUCGUCUUGUAUCUCAUUCGUAAAAGUUGUGUGUGCUUUCGCGUGACAUCAACUCGGCAUUUCGUAUACACACACGUAUUUGUACGUAGGAAAAAAAAAACGAAAAAAAAACGACGAGAAAUACAUUGCAAAAUUGACGUAUGUAGCAAUGUACGGCGCAACACACAAAAUCCAUUCAGGACAGAGACACAUAAGAUAUGUAUUAAUGUAUAGUCCGUUUGGCAUUCAAUUGUACAUACUUUCUCGCACUCACUCGAAUCCGACCCAGACACACUUAGCAACAUGCUAACAGCAGCAUUCACACUAACACACACAAAGAUGCUUGACACGCUCAAACCAUCGUGCAUCGCAGCAGCAGCAGCAGCAGCAGCAGGAGCAGCAGCAGCGACGGCAACAGCAACAGCAACAACGACAGAGAGAUAUAUACAGACUGUUCGCUUUCGCUCAUAUCAUCAAUUCCAAUCCGUUAGAAAUUGGGAGCGCGUGCGAAAGAAAGAAAUACAAGAAGUGAAUGUUUAUGUUUUGAUUGUUUUAUUUCAUUUUUUCCUCUGUGCCGCUGCUACUGCUGCUGCUAUACUUCACCCAAGUGCCAGCUUUUUUCCACUCUUCGCUCUAUUUUAUUGUCGUCUUGGUUUAAUGAAGCAAUAAAAGUGAAGUUCACGCAACACUGAACACUUUGCCCGGCUAAUGAAAAACACGAAAUCACAAUGUUAACACCGACAUCACAGGGUCAUACCAGUACGGUAAAUUUGGCCCAACUAACAGACGACACCAAAACAUGCUACAUCGCCCAACCGUUUGGCUAUGCAAAUUAUGCAUUGGUUAACCAAAUGCCAAUCGGUCAAACUGCAUCGACAGUUGCUGGCAUUGCUACGGUUGACAGCAAUGGACGAAUCCAAGUGGUCAAUAAGCCAAUCACAAACACCAUUUCCAACAUAAGCUUCAAGUGCGACGUAUGCGGACUGAUGUUUUCCCAUUUGACGCUGUUGAAUCAUCACAAGCGGAUCCAUACACAAGACGGGACGGAUGGCACGAACGAUCAACAGAUUACUGUGGUGACACAACAGGCUGGACAAAACUUAGUUCAAGCCAUGGACCAGCAAGUGCAAGGAGGAGACCAUCAACAGCACCAUCACCAUCAACAACAGCAUCAUCAACAGCAGCAGCAACACCAUCAACAGCAUCACACUGCUCAACAACAACACCAUGCCCAGCAACAGCAUCAUCAGCAGCCUCAGCACCAGACGCAUAUAAAAAUCGAUAAGACCAUAAAGUGUAUAACAUGCGGUGGUCCUGUACAGCAGAACCCAAAGCGUAAGGGUCCAAAAUUGAUACGAUGCGAAAAUUGUAUCAAUAACGAUGUGUCUUCGAUAAUGACACAACAGCGUCAAACACAAAUCUUUGUUGCACCCGAUGGUGAUGUAAAAUUCGAAAUGAAUCCAGACGCCAUGGAUGUAAUCAACGCACAAAAUGUCAUCGGUGUCAAUCAGGCCGGUACAUCACAGCAUCAACAUUUAAAGCAGCCGAAAAUUGAAAAUGCCGCUGGUUCGUCAAAUCAAGCCGGUUACUAUCCGGUGAAAAAGCGAAAUAUGGCAGCCGUCACAAAAUGUCACAAAUGCAACGGAUCCGGUGUGAUAUUCAUCGGAGGACAUAAAAAUUCAAAAGUUCCGCCACAGGAAAAGCCUUUCCAUUGUAACAUUUGCGGUGGUUCAUUCUCGCGGUACUCGAGUUUAUGGUCACACAAAAAAUUGCACAGCGGUGAAAAGAACUACAAAUGUUCGAUUUGUGGACUUGCAUUUGCCAAAGCGGUCUACUUAAAGAAUCAUUCGCGUAUCCAUACUGGAGAGAAGCCAUACAAAUGUCAAACUUGCGGUAUGCAGUUUUCUCAAUCGCCACACUUGAAGAACCAUGAACGCACACACAGCGGUGAAAAGCCAUAUGUUUGCGAAGUCUGCGACAAAGGAUUUGCACGCCACGCCACAUUGUGGAACCAUCGUCGCAUUCACACUGGGGAGAAACCAUACAAAUGUGAGACAUGCGGUUCGGCUUUCAGUCAGGCAGCCCAUUUGAAGAACCACGCCAAGGUACACAGUGGAGAAAAGCCAUUUAAAUGUGAAAUUUGUACAGCCGCCUUCGCCGAUCGUUUUGCUUUGAAGAGGCAUCGAAGAAUUCACGAGAAAUAUGGUCAAACAGCACCUCGUCAACCGGCCGUCAAUCCGGAUGAACAGAUGAUCGUUCACAAAGAGGAAAUCUUGGAUCCAGAGGACAAUGACGAAAAUCAGCAAGUUGUUUUGACUGGCAUCUAAACAUCAUCAAAUCAGACAAUGGAAACAAUAAUUAAAUCUAAACACAUUUUGCGAAAGCCCUGACCGACACAAUACAUGUUACACACACGGAAUUCGGAUCGAUAUAUAAAACUAAAUGCUAAACCGCUAAAACAAACAUUUACUAUACAAUCCGUGCGAUAUAGUAAAUAACAAACAAAUUUUAAUACAAUUACAAGUUAAGUGAAUGAAAAACAAAAAACAGAGCGAAUAAAACGCAUUCAGAUGAAAAACCGGUAGAGCGACCGAUUAAAACAGAAAAAAAAACAUUACACAAAUUAAUGUGCUAGCAUCCAUAGAUCUAUAUAGCAUUAAAAUAGCGUUAAGAACUUUCUAAAAAAAAAACAACAACUAAACACACCAACAAACCAUCAGAUUAAAAUUAUCGUUAUUGAUAAGGAAUUGGUGUAUUUCAAUAGAAACAAACACACGUACACAGAAACGAUGAUUUCGUCAUUAGUUCGAUACUUGAAAUUCAAGUAGGGAGAAUAAAUGGAAAAAUUGAAAUAUGAAGGUUUAGAGGCGAACAGGUGGAACAUGUGCGAAUCAGAUCUAUGAGACAAGAAUAUUUUAACAUUGUUUAUUUUUAUUAUAUUUUUCUCUUCAUUCUUAUAUUUUCUGUAAAAAUAAAACAAAGGAACAAUCAACAAACAAACACAUACACACACAAUAAGUUUGGAAAUAAGUUUGAGUUUGUACAAAUGGUAUUUAGUAUGCACCGACAACCUAAUUCAUCGCUUCAUGUAAAUCAAUUGGAAAAAGUCAUUCAAAAAUCACCUAACUAGCACCGGUCGAGUGCUAUGCCAUCGUCGUUGGCAAAUAACGAUGAAUAGAUCCAUGCCCAACAGAAGACAGAAAAAUCUUGGACAAUACAUUUUCGACAUAACCAAAACCACACACAACACACACACACAAACCCACACAAACAAACAAAACAUGAAACAUUAUAGUUUAACGCGAUUCGAUGCAAAAACAAAAACAAUAUCCAUAGAAAUAGUCCAGUUGCAUUAAUUUGUAAAUAAAUUCUAAGAUUUUUCGAUUCAUUACUGUACUAACCUUUUAAUAUUUUAAUAAAGAAAAUUUAGAAUAGCA